CUGGUAGUAGCUAGUAUUGUAGUAGUUGGUACAUUUAUUUGUUAACAAAAAUGUUUAGCUUAUUUAAAGCAAAUUACGAUUUGCUUAUCUUCAUCAUCCUUUCGUUAAUAGUACUAAUAAUUACACCAACUGCAAGAAGUGCACCGCACAUCGCCAGGCCAGGUUGCAGUGAUCAGUGUGGGAAUGUGAGCAUCCCAUUCCCAUUCGGCAUCGGUGCAAACUGUGCUCUCAACGAAUGGUACGCUAUCGAUUGCGUUAACUCGUCGACCCCACAUCUAUCAGCCGCAUUACACAGCCUUGAAGUCGUGAGUAUCGAUUUGGUAAAUAGGACAGUCACGGUUAACACGCCAACAUCUAUCUCUAAUUGCCAAUACCUUGUCAAUAGCACUAGUCUACAUGAGAUAAAGAGUGUGGAUCUUGACGAUCGGAGCCCCUUCCGGUAUACCCAAUCACGGAACAAACUAGUGCUUGAGGGCUGUGGCAAUGUUGUCAUUUCACACAAAGGGAAAGCCCUCAGUGGUUGCUCCACAAUUUGCGGUCGAAAUGAUAGUGAUGCGAGAGAUAAAAUCAAUUGCCUUGGUAUCACUUGUUGCGACACAACGAUUCCUAACUACUACUAUCUGACGUCAUACACUGUGGAGCUCACGUCCCGGUUGGAUACAGGAGGAGGUUCAUCUUGUGGAUCCGCCUUCUUUGUGGAUGCAAAUUUGUAUGUUGAAGGAAGGCAUUUAAACGGGGUUGUUCCGGUAACACUUGUUUGGACUCUUACAUACCUUGACUUCCAACAAAUAAGUUGUUGCAAGUUCGCUAAUUCCGGUUAUUACGAGUUUAUGGCUAAUCGUAGUUUUGGGUAUUUAACCGAGUGUUACCAGUCCCCGGAUAUUGAAGGAAACAUUUAUUUAAGAGAUGGAUGCGUUGUCAGUAUUCCUUCUCAUCCUAUUUCUGACCCUGUUGCUCUCGUCACUACUGAACCCAUCGAUCUUUAUGAUGGUGUCAGUACCCCUAAUCUUCCAGCAUCAAUUCAGACUCUCAUUAGUGAGCUGGAUGAAGAAGAAAAACAAGAAAUGUUUAAUGACUUCAUGGCUUUGCCCUGGUUGCUGGAAGAAAAUACUCUAAAAGGUGGAACAAUCGAAAAUGAUUACUCCCCUCAAACUCCUGUUGAUAAAUCACAGGAAGAAUGCUGGAAGUGUGGCAGGAAAGGUCACUAUCAGAAGGAGUGUAGAGUCUCCCUGCCCAAUUCUGCUACCUCCAAAUUAAUCCUCCCAAAUCUGCUGAUGAUUAUAGAAACAAAUAUUAUCAGCUGA